AGGAAUUGCCUAAAGACAUCACAAAUCUUCCACUAGCGGCCCUUGCUAUAGGUGGAAACCCCUGGAUGUGUGACUGUAGAUUACGGGGUCAAAUGGAUUCGGCACGUCUGCGUAAUGCAAUUCAGGGGAACCCUACCUGCAGUUCCCCUCCUCACAUGGAAGGUGUCGCACUGGCACACGUCGGCACAUUCCCGGUUUGUCACGGCCACGGGGACUGCACUCCGGGAGAGGAUACCUGUGAUUGCAACGUCGGGUGGACUGGUCCAUACUGUGACAAGGACUAUAACGUGGCACUUGGAAAGAUAGCUACCCAGAGUUACACCUACAUCAACUACCUGAAUAGAGUUCCGGCAGGACCCGAAAAGGCUGUGGAUGGUUCCAUGAAUAGUUGCGCUCUAACCGGGGAGGAAUUUCAGCCAUGGUGGAAGGUGGACCUGGCAGGUUACUACGCAGUCAAACGGGUCAGCGUUAUGGAUGGUCACUUUUUUGCACGGGGAAAGUUAUUUCUUGAUUUCCCCGUAAUGGUGCGAGUUGGCCCGAACGAGGACUUCACCCGGAAUGACCAGUGCGGACUGAAAUACACGUCCACUCUGACGGUGCGGCCGUCAGUUGUGUUGCACUGCGAACGGCCACUGCCGGGGCGCUAUGUGUCCGUACAGAUAAUGGGGCAGACAGGGAGAUUGGGACUGUGCGAGGUGGAGGUCUACGUUACAGAUAUCUGCUGUGACGACACCAUAGGGAUCGCGAACGGGCAGAUCACCGCUAACGACGGCUUCUGCUUCGGGAAGAACAUCCAGUUCUCCUGUAACCCUGGGUACGACCUUGUGGGCGACUCCUGGACAACCUGUCAGAAGAACGGGAGUUGGGACCGAGAGGUUCCAACAUGUAAACGAAUCUGCUGUGACAAUACAAUAAUGAUACCAAACGGCCAGGUCACCAGCAACGACGGCUACUGCUCUGGAAACGCCGUCCAUUUCUCUUGUGACGCCGGAUAUGAACUUGUCGGCAGUUCCUUUACGAUCUGCCAAGACGAAGGCUGGGACCGAGAGUUUCCGACUUGUCAACAAAUCUGCUGUAACAAUACAAUAGUGAUAUCAAACGGCCAGGUCACCGGUAACGACGGCUACUGCUCUGGAAACGCCGUCCAUUUCUCUUGUGACGCCGGAUAUGAACUUGUCGGCAGUUCCUUUACGAUCUGCCAAGACGAAGGUUGGGACCGAGAGUUUCCGACUUGUCAACGUAUCUGCUGUGACAAUACAACUGAAAUCACGAACGGCCUGGUUAAUGCUACCGACGGUUACUGCUUUGGGAACGACAUAUCGUUCUCUUGUAAUCCGGGGUACGAGCUGGUCGGCACCCCUUUGACUACCUGCCAAGAAGACGGAAGUUGGAGCCGAGAGAUUCCGACUUGCCAACCACACGCACAAACAGUACCUGAAGAACAAUCGAUGGAAGCCACCAUCGCCGGUGCAAGUGCCAGUGUCGUCGCAGUGCUAAUCGUGGUAUCUGCCGUCUUAAUGGUUCUUCUAAGACGAAGGAGGAGGAAAAGGAAAGACAGUACAGUGCAAGUCAGCUACUUUCUACCAGAUGAUGUAAUAAUCCACAACAGGAGACUGCAAGAGUUAGCGGCGGCCCCGCCCGUUCCUGACCGGCCAGAGUUGCCGGGGUUUGAGGUCGACCCCAGCCGGGUGACGCUCGGACAGAGGAUCGGCAGCGGGGCGUUCGGCCUCGCUUACCGGGCAACCCUCACAACUGGUGACGAGACGGAGGAUGUCGUCGUAAAAACUUUGAAAGACGCCGCCAGCGAAGAAGAUCGGCUGAGUUUCCUGCAGGAGAUCCGUGCAGUGGUGGCGCUAGGAGUUCAGGACAACGUGCUGAGUCUGGUCGGCUGCUGUACGGUGGUGCGAGACCAUCUGUAUCUCAUCACGGAGUUCAUGCCGUAUGGAGACCUGAAGAACUUCUUACGGAAAUGCCGACAGGAAGAGAUCUAUGACGAACCUCGGGGCGACAUCUACAACUUUGAGGUGAAACAGAUGUACCAGGUGGCCCGGCAGAUCGCUAGAGGCAUGGAUCACAUCUCCCGGUCCCGUUACAUCCACGGUGAUCUGGCCGCCCGGAACGUGCUGGUCGGUGAGGAGCUGAAGGUGAAGAUCUCCGACUUUGGGCUGGCAGAAGACAUCUACACCCGAGGUUACCGUCGGCAGGACCGGCUUCAGAGGGUGCCCUGGAAGUGGAUGGCGCCGGAGCGGCUGGAGGAUGGGAAAGCGUACACCUCACAGAGCGAUGUGUGGUCCUUCGGGAUAGUGCUGUACGAGAUCAGUACGCUAGGGGGCGACCCUUACCCUGACGUGGCAAUAGCCCAUCUGAAAGAUCGCCUACAGGCUGGAUUCAGGAUGCCCAAACCGGAGGGCUGCCCUCCUGGCAUGUACGAUCUGAUGCUGCAGUGCUGGCGUUGGCAGCCCGCCGAGCGGCCGUCCUUCCGCAACCUGGAGCUCGACCUGGACAGUCAGCUGGCCUUCUACGGACCCGAGUACGCUAGAACAGCUCCUGCCACUGGAACGGCACCCAAACCUAUAGCAUAAUUAUUCCGUGAAGGAGGUAUCGCUCCUGCAGGAGUAUUGUGGUCAGUCGGUUUUUCACGUUCGCAGCUAAAAGGGUUACCUUUGUAUAAUCGGCAUGUUAAAUUUAUAAAUCGUCUGCAGGCUUGCCCGUGAUGAUGCACGCGAUUUAUUUUAGUCAGGCUAGAUCUUGUGUAUUUGACUAGGAAUUUAGCCAU